AUGCAGCACGCGGAGGAGAAGCAGGCCUCUUCGAGCUCCCCUCAACGUCGCCGCCGAGCGAGACCCCCACACACGGAAGGCUCGGAGGCGAGGUUGCUGGAGAAGCUGGUGCCGUACGCGAAACAGCUUGGUGCUGGGCUGCCUCGUCGUGUUCGCGGGCUCCGCCACCUCAACCCGAACCGAUCAUUGUCUGUGCCUCAGGGUUUCAGGAAAAUUGAUCCAGACAGGUGGGAAUUCGCCAACGAAGGCUUUCGGGGAGGGAAGAAGCACUUGCUCAAGAACAUCAAGAGAAGAGGUAGAAUCACCAAAAAAAAACAAGGACCCACAAUUCCCGAGGAUAUUCAAACAACGGAGAUGGAUUUUCAAAGAACAGAGGUGGAAUCCGAAAUUCGGACACUCAAGGAAGAUCAGGAGACACUGAAGUCGGAAAUUCUCGAACUGAGGCAACAACAGGAGUGUUCGCAGAGUGAAAUCGGUGCUGUUGAAGAACGGAUUCGAUGCGCGGAGUGCCGGCAACAGCAGAUGUUCCUCUUCCUGGCCAAAGCAGUGAGGAACCCCCAUUUUGUGGAGCGGCUGGUUCAGAAAAGGAAGCCAAACAGAGAGAUUCAAGCGGGCAAAUUCAUCAAGAAAAGGAGGCUCCUCACGUCCAAGCCGGACCCCAACAGGUGCGACUUUGAAGGGACCAAUGAUGACAAGUCCAGUGCUUGUGGAGAUGGCCAGAAAGGGAUUUUAAUGUUUAACAAUGUGAUGCUGCACGAGGAUGCGUCCACAAUCUAUGAUGCAGUGUUAGAGAAGCUGCUCGAUGACAGUGGCCUGAUCGCCAAAGGAGAGAUUGGCGAAGAACUUGCUGUCACAGUAACAUAUACAUGGAACUGGAGUACCUGA